ACUACUUGAAAAUUUGUUGCAUUCACGCAAGUACGUACAGUGUACAGGAGUCAAUUGCAUUCUCUCAAGUCCAUGGUUCUUAUAUAUACGCAAGCGGUGAGAUUAAUCAUCAAUAAGAACUUGUUCUCUGAGUUUGGAGCAAUGGAAGAAUUAGCAAAGCUAGGGAGCUCUCUUCCGGUGCCUUGUGUUCAGGAGCUAGCGAAAGAGCCAUUAACUACAGUCCCACACCGAUAUGUUCGCCCUGAUCAAGAUCCUCCCUUCAUUUCUGGUAUGGCCACUCCUUCACCUCAAGUACCAGUGAUCGACAUGAACAAGUUACUUUCGGAAGAAACCAUGCCAGCAGAGUUGCAGGAGUUCCACCUUGCUUGCAAAGAAUGGGGUUUCUUCCAGCUGAUAAAUCAUGGAGUUGGUGAAACUUUGUUGGAGAGUGUGAAGUCAGGGAUUCAAGAAUUCUUCAGUCUCCCAAUGGAAAAGAAGAAACAGUUUUGGCAGCAGCCAGAAAUUAUGGAGGGUUUUGGACAAGCAUUUGUUGUGUCUGAGAACCAGAAACUUGAUUGGUCAGACAUAUUCUACUUGAUCACACUCCCAAAACAUUUGAGGAAGCCACAUUUAUUCCCCAAUAUUCCUCAACCACUAAGAGAUAACUUAGAAGUGUACUCUGCGGAACUAGAAGAUCUUGCCAAGAAGAUUCUUGAUCUCAUGGCAAAAGCACUGGGAGUGGAUGCUGACUAUAUAAAAGAGUUGUUUGACCAAGGGACUCAAAUGGUUAGGAUGAACUAUUAUCCACCAUGUAAGCAACCAGAGCUUGUCAUUGGCCUUAACCCUCACUCAGAUCCUGUUGGAUUGACAAUCCUCCUCCAAGUGAAUGAAAUGGAAGGCCUUCAGGUUAGAAAAGAUGGUAUGUGGAUUCCGAUUAAACCCCUAAACAAUGCUUUCGUCGUCAACGUUGGAGAUAUUUUGGAGAUUGUGACGAAUGGAAUAUACCGUAGCAUUGAGCAUCGGGCAAUAGUGAACCAGGAGAAGGAAAGGCUGUCAAUAGCCACAUUUUACAGUCCAAAAUUGGAGGGAGAAAUGGGUCCUGCUCCGAGCCUCAUUACUCCAGAGAGACCAGCAUUGUUCAAGAGAAUAGGUGUUGCAGACUACUUCAGGGGAGUUUUUGAACGCAAACUCGAUGGGAAAUCAUACGUAGAUGUCAUGAGGAUUCAACAUGGUGAGGAUGGCAAAGGCACCCAAGACUAGAUGUGCUCUAAAGUUUACUUAUCUAAGUAAAAUUAAGCACUGUUAAGUUUGGAAACAAUUACUUUGAAGCCCCACUGUUGUACCUUGAUUUAGUUCCCCUUGAAAGAGAGAGCAACAUCAUGGGGUAGGAAAAUAAAUGUUUAUGGAAUUUUCUCAUGCUUCAAUUCA